UCAAAAAUCUAGUUCACUAAUAACCUUAGCGUUGCUAUUAUUUUUAUUUUAAGAAUUAAAUAAAUUAGUUCUUAAUAUUAUAGGUGCAUAUAUGAAGUUCUAUUAAGGAUGGCUGUUUUGUAUCGCUUAUUUGUACAUAACCACAAGCUUACAUGUAAAUUUACACAUUUUAGGAAUUUUAGUUUUAGUCGAACUUCAGAUGUAUUAAAUAAUCAGUGCGCAUAUUAUUCAGUGAUUCCAAAUACUGAUACAACUACAUAUUUUCACAAAAGUCUCAUAACAUGUAUUCAAAGGCCUUAUGUUCUAUCAGCGAAACGAUUAUUGAGUCACAAAAUUGAUCCAAAAAUAAAUGAAAACGAACCAAUAAAUAAUGUUGAAAUUUCUAAAGUUGAACAAAUUAAUUCAUCUUCCAGUAAUCAAAAUCAACAAAAUCAAAAAAAUUUCGAACAUUUAAAUCGUGCUUAUGAUGUUUUAAGUAAAACAUUACCAAAUCUAUUCAUACAACCAUUAGAUUAUUCUAUAUAUAGUCCUAACUUAAUUUUUGAAAAUAAUAUCAGAGGAACGCGAACAGUAGGUUUAUAUCAUUAUAUUAAACAAGUUGCAUUAUUAAGAACUGUAGGACACUUAAAAUAUGCUUAUGUCAAGUUUGAAAUUCUUAAAAUUACAAAGCAUCCUGAGGAUCUAACAAUAAAAAUUAGAUGGAGGGUUAGAGGUGUAUCUGGAUUAAAAGUGAUGUUUCAAUUUUGGAAAUACAAAUUAUGGAAAGUGAAAGAUAUAUUUGAAGAUCAAGAAGCUUGGUAUGAUGGUUUUUCAAUUAUGUACUUAGGCGAAGAUGGACUUAUAGAGAAACAUGUUGCAGAUAAAGUAAUGCCGGAUGAUGAUAAACACUUAGCAGUUAAUAGUCCUUUAGAAGCUUCUUCAGUCACCCCAAAAUUAGCAAUAUUUGUAGGACUAACAUCUGAUUUUACACAUUUCGUAUCAUAGAUGAUAUUAUGUGGAAAACAAUCGCAUUAAUUAAUAAAAAUAUUUUGUCAGUGUGGUUAUGAACUUGUAAUAAAUUACAAAAAAUGAGCGCUAUUUUGUGAUCUUUGUUACAUGGAAAAAUCGUUUACUAUAAUUGAUUUAUAAUUUAUUUGUAAAACAGUUUUUGAAAUAUUUGUUCCUUUAAUAAAAUUAUAAUUCAGAUAACAAUUUCACAAAAAUAUAUAAAUGUUAAAAGUUGUUACCUG